CCAAAACAGCUUUAGUCAUUUUCUAGGUUUUUCAUUUUUAGAUAUUUCUUAUAAAAUUUUUAGUGAAACAAAAAUGGAAUCCGGACUUUAUGUAAACGGUUUUUUUAGUUACGUGAUGGAAAAGCAGAGCACAUAUCCCGAAGUCUCGCAGGAAUAUGCACUUCGUCAGGCAGCCGGAGAAUGGAAUGCUCUAAGUACGAGUGAUAAGUGCAAGUAUCGGAUGAAGAACCAAAAAAGCAGAAAGCAAAGGUCUUGCACUCAUCGUCACAGGCGCAAAUCGGGGAAACCUAAAAUAGAAAAGCGGAGCAAGACAUCAUCCUGUGUAGAUCGUCGGUCAACGAAGUCCAUCUAUCGAAAUCAUUCCAGCUGCUCGGGCUGUGCCAAUCAACCCAGGGAAUGUUGUUCCUGCUGCCAACGGAGGAUCCACAGGGGAAGGCCAAGCAAGGAUAAAUGUGCUAGGAAAAGCAGAUCCCGACGCUCAAGACGAUCAUGCAUGCUAAAGAAAAGAACAGAAAUGGCCACGGACCUGAAGUUCAACGCUUCGCUGGGAUGCAGCGAUCCGCAGUCGCAUCCGGUGUUGAUCAUCGGCCAGCUGCGCCAUCUGAAUCUGCUGAAGUUCAGUCAUCUCGAGAGCAAACUUAGUCCGCGUGUAAGCGAGGAGACCUUCCUGAAUGCUGUCGCUUGCUUACACCCGGCGCCCACGGAUAAGGUGUCCCUCUAUCUCGAUGUGGCCACGGUGGCUGCUUUACCGCUGAAGGCCUCCAGGCACAACACAGCCUCGCGGGCCCAUGCCAUCACCCGCCUGGUGAAGAACCAUGUCCUGAACGUUUCCGAGGAGUCCGUCGUGCUGGUCUGCGAGCGAGAGAAUCUAUUCGCCAGCGCCUGUGCGGUGGUUCGUGCCUUUCCCCUCUACUCUCGCAAAACUGGCAAUCUGCUGGCGGCAGCAACACCUAAGUCAGAAAUCGGUUGCGGUGAUGGAGGCGAUGGAAACAAGGAUACCGGAAGGAAUGUGGUGAACGUCGAGUUUUUGAUAAUCAACAAAGAAGGCGGCGUUGACUGCGAACCUCUGUCGGAAGAGGAUAUAAAGUGCCUGAAUGAGACCUCGCGGGCCAUUCGACUGACCGCUCGCAUUGUGGACAUGCCCUGCAACGAAAUGAACGUGGAUCACUUUGUCCAGGCCGUCGAGGAGGUGGACAAGGAGCUGGGUCUCGAGCCGCAAGUUAUUCGCGGCGAGGAACUGCAGGAGCGCGGUUUUGGCGGUAUUUAUGGCGUGGGGAAGGCGGCUGCCGUGCCACCUGCUCUCGUGGUGCUUUCCCACCUGCCAAAGGGAGCCCAGGAGACCAUCGCUCUGGUGGGCAAGGGCAUCGUCUACGACACCGGCGGUUUGAGCAUCAAGGCCAAGACCGGCAUGCCUGGAAUGAAGCGAGAUUGUGGAGGAGCAGCUGCAAUUCUUGGCGCGUUUUAUGCGGCAGUCAAGUGCGGAUUUAAGGACAACCUGCAUGCCGUCUUCUGCAUGGCUGAGAACUCCGUGGGUCCAAAUGCCACACGCCCCGAUGACAUUCACACUCUUUACUCGGGUCGUACAGUGGAGAUCAACAACACGGACGCCGAGGGACGCUUGGUGCUCGCCGAUGGCGUUUGCUAUGCCAACAAGGAUCUGAAGGCCAAUAUUAUACUCGACAUGGCUACAUUAACCGGAGCUCAGGGCGUUGCAACAGGCAAAUAUCAUGGUGCCGUAUUGACAAACUCGGAGACAUGGGAGGCGAAGUCGUUGCAGGCCGGACGCAAAUCCGGCGAUUUAUUGGCGCCAAUAAUUUAUUGCCCCGAAUUGCAUUUCUCCGAAUUCGCCUCGGCCGUUGCUGAUAUGAAAAACUCGGUGGCGGAUCGACAGAACGCGCAAUCCUCCUGCGCCGGCCUCUUCAUUGCCGCCCAUCUGGGCUUCGAUUAUCCCGGCAUCUGGAUGCACGUCGAUAUGGCCACGCCCGUUCAUUGUGGGGAACGUGCCACUGGCUACGGCGUUGCCCUGUUGCUGACCCUCUUCGGUGGCCACACGAACUCCGAGCUGCUGCAAUCGAUCGCCCCCACCGACGAGGAACCGCCGUCGAAGCGCCUGUGCCGCGAUUAACUCAGCCUGCCUUUUCUGGUGCCAUGUGCCUGACCGAUUAUUAUGCAUUUCAAUCAUUUUCUUUGUCCAAUUGGUCCGCAGACAGCAUAAGCAGCCAAUUUGUGUAGCCGACAGGCAUUAAAAAGAUCAUUAUUAUGUAGAAAUAAAUGAAGUAUGAAAUUA